CUGAAAUUUUUCAAAUAAUUUUCCUUACAAACUGAUAUAUUUUUCUGGUUUAACUUCAUGGUUUUUGCUAAAACACCUUUCAAGCCGGCAACCAGUGAAUUGUCAAGUGUCAGAUGAUUUACUGUAAAGGGCAGUGAACGCCAUUGUAGACUCUAACGACUUUAGGCUGAGGCCUCGCUAAUCCGUGAAUUUCUGUGUCAUCCUUUAAUUCCGAGCGAUUUACUUGCAAAGAUUGUCCAGUCCAAACUAUGGCUGCAGAACAGCAACUGCCAACAUUCAAGUGUGUGCUUGUAGGUGACGGUGGUACUGGGAAAACCACCUUUGUAAAGCGUCAUUUGACUGGCGAAUUUGAAAAAAAGUAUGUAGCCACCCUCGGUGUAGAAGUGCAUCCCUUAGUUUUCCACACAAACAGAGGCGAAAUCCGCUUCAAUGUUUGGGAUACUGCUGGCCAGGAAAAAUUUGGAGGUCUUCGUGAUGGUUAUUACAUCCAGGGGCAGUGCGCAAUUAUUAUGUUUGAUGUUACUUCUCGUGUAACUUACAAGAAUGUACCAAACUGGCACAGAGAUCUGGUCAGGGUGUGUGAGAAUGUUCCAAUUGUACUUUGUGGCAACAAAGUGGACAUCAAAGAUAGGAAAGUCAAGGCUAAGAGUAUAGUGUUCCAUAGGAAAAAAAAUCUACAGUAUUACGAUAUCUCUGCCAAAUCCAACUACAAUUUUGAGAAACCCUUCUUGUGGCUGGCCCGUAAACUAAUAGGCGAUCCCAAUCUGGAGUUUGUAGCUAUGCCAGCGCUCGUACCACCAGAAGUACACAUGGACCCACAGUGGCAGCAGCAAAUUGAGAAGGACUUGGUGGAAGCCCAAAACACCGCCCUGCCUGACGAUGAUGAGGAUUUGUAAUUUUAUUAUUUAUCAGAUUUGUGUAAAUAAUAAUGUAUUAUUUUAUCAAAUUUAAAUUCAAUUUAAAAAAAAAAAGUGAAAAUAAGGCUGUACUAUUGUUCAAUUUUGUUUCUUAAGUUUUUGAGUGUGAAAGAAUUGAGAAAUAAUAAUUAAUUAUUAAUAGUUGUCUGAAUGUUAACGCUCCUAAAAGUGAGAAAUUUUUAUGCAUGAAAAAUGAACUCUUAAUGAUACUAAUUUCCUUUUUUAAUGUAUUCCUUUAUUUUAUUUGUCACAUGCUAGAUAGAGGACUAAUAAUAAAAUAUUUUUUCUGAUACUUUUGUGUUUAAUUAACAGGCUAA